AUGCCUCCCCCAUCCAACAACCCCGCGUUGCACCUCAGAGUUAUCUCUGAACCAUUCUUCGUUGUGCAACUCGAAGUCGGGGAAGAGAUUCCCCAAUCUGUUCUGAGAGAUUUAACGAGUGGGUGUGGUGGAUUCUUCUCCGUGACCCGAACGGAAGAAGAAAUUUCAGUUGUCGGCAAAUCGUAUAAGGGGAUGCCCAAAUUUCACGAGGAGCGUUCAACGUGGGUGGCUAUCAAGAUAAUUGGGCCGCUGGAGCACAGUACUUCGCUAACUGGUGUUCUGGCCAGUUUGACGGCACCACUCAAGGUGGCAAAAGUACCUGUUUUUGCUCUUUCUACAUGGAAAACGGACUAUGUGCUCGUUCCAACAAAGAAGCUCCAAGAGGCAAUAAGGGCACUGAGGGGAGAUGACUGGGUUUUUGAGCAGGAGCUAAUAGUAAAGAGUCGGUUGUAG